AUGGAGUGCAGGGGGCUGCAGGCAACGGAGAAGGAGCGGUGGUUCGACCACGUGGACGAGGUCUUUGUGCACACGCCCCGCGCCUACUUCGAGCGGCACUUCCACAACGACCCGUGGCUGAGUUUGGAGGGUAUUCGGGUGGCGGUGGACCAUGAGCGGGACGACAGGAUUGCAAGCACCGUGCGCGUGUUCGUGCGACGCGCCCUGAUCGAUGGCCGCCACGUGCCUUGUGGUGGCAUCGGCGAGGUGAGCACCAAGGCGGAUUACCGCAAGCGGGGCCUGGCCUCCCAACUGCUUCAGGACGCGGAGAAGUGGAUGAAGGAGCAGGGGAUGGCGUUCGGUAUGCUGCACACCCGAUCCGCCGCUCCGCUGUACAAGAGCCUAGGGUGGCACCCCAUCCCCAUGCGCUACAGCGUCAUCUCCGCCCCUCUGACCUCCUUCACCACACCGCCCCAAGGAAAGUAUCAUUACAACAAUAUCGCCGACCACAUGCAGAGCGUGGUGGAGGUGCAUGAGGCCUAUGCGCGGCACUUCAACGGGACUUUUGUGCGCGACGACGCGGCCUACUGGGACAAGUGGAUCGCCUACGAGUUCACCCGCGAGGCGACCUUCUCAGCGAUCGCCCUCGAUCCCGCCACCGGCCAGGCCGGAGGCUACGCCGUCGCCUUCGUCAAGUACGAUCCUGAGGCUGCGACGACGGCCGAUGAUCAACGCGAGGCAGGCCGCCGCGGGGCUAUCACCGUGCGCGUGCGGGAGUUCGGCGUCAUCGACGAGGUCAUGGCCGAUGAUGGGGGCCAGGCCCUGCUGGGCUCGCUCGUGGGCGAGCUCCUGCGCCACUUCAUCAACGACAGUGACAACAACGGUGGCUUUAGUGGUGGUACUGAUGAUGACGGCAGCAGGCGGGUGCGUCUGGUCUAUCCGGCGGCGAUCGAGAACUACUUCGCGCUCGGUGGUGAUGCGCUGGUGGUGCCCGAUGCCCAGCGCGAGGAGAGCGUCGUGGACGAGGGCACCAUGACACGCGUGCUCGAUCACCCUACCACCGCGGGCUCAGAGGUUCGUCUGGAGCAGAGCCUGCGCCAGCAACCCACCGCCACUCCCUUCUCAAAGGCCCAGCAGCCCCCACGCAGCUCCUCCUACCUCCUGUUCUGGGAGACUGAUGGCUUCUAA